GCUGAUGUAAGCGCCAGUUCCCAUUCGCGGCGCUGCAUAGGAGCACCCUCAAACGCGCCCCUACAGACGAGCCGACGCAGCCGCAGCCGAUCUGCCACCACCACAGCACCAGUGCCCAGAUCCGCCGCCAGCCCGCCGGCCCCAGGGCACCGGAGCCCCGAGCCGCGCCAGAGGGAGAGGGGAGAAGGCGACGCCGGGAGGAGGAAGGGAGGCAGAGAAGGGCCGGCCCGACGCCACCAAGCAGAGGGGAGGCGCCCCCAUCUGAGCGCGGCAUGAGGAGCUUCCCGGUGGCCGGCGGCCGCAGCGUCACCCUCGCCCUCUUCUCCGAUGUCUCCAACAGCCGGGAGCUCCUCGACCUGAUGCAGUCGGGGAAGCUGGAGCCGGAGGCCGCCUUCCUCAACGCGUCGCUGGUGCCGGACGUGUUCCCGGUCCUCGCGGCGGCGCACAAGGCGCUGCUCUCCAAGUCGAGGGAGGCGCUGACCACCAGGACCCUGCACUCGGAGCUCGUCUACAACUGCUCUGGCUCCAAGCAUAUAACAGAGUCCCUGAAGCGAUGCGGUAUCGCUGAUGACACGCAGUAUAUCCUAGCCGCUCGGUUUGAUGCUUCGGAUGAAGAGAUGAAAGCAUUGGAAAAGCUCAUCAGCGGAACCGAGAUUGAUCUAUCGGAGCUGGAGACAAGAGCAGACCAACCAAAGAUUCUGAAGCAAUACAAAAUAACUCCACAGGAACUGUCAAUAUCCACACUCCCAGAGGCAAUCGUGUGCAGGAUCGCUGCUCGAGACGCCCUCUGAGGUCUUAAAACGAUGGUCAGGACGUUUUCCAGCUAUGUGUGUCGAAUUCUUUUCUUUGGGCGGACACCUCCUGUCGAUGGUGAAGCUCGUGGCGGCAGGGUGUUUCAAGCCUGAACUUAGGAAUUGCAUUAUGAUAGCGUUUAGUCCUUGAUGAUGUAGCGACAACUGAAUAUCUGUAUGGUCACAGUGCCACAGCUGAGCGUAUCUAAAGAUCACUUGGUUAAGAUUUCAUUCAAGCAACGUGCAGUGAUAUCGCGAUGUUGACUCAGGUCCGCUGUUUCGGUGACAUCGCAGAACACGAGUAAAUCAGCGAAAUAUGUGAUUUCUGGUUCA